GAUGAAAUUGAAUUGAAUAUUUCUUAGUCUUGGAUGAAAUAAACGAUUCAGAAUAAGACUGUUUAUGGCAGAUGGCGCAAAUGUCGUUGGAGAGUAACGCAUUGAACGCGCGACGAUUUAAGCCGAAGUUGGACAGAAGGGCAACAAAACCGCCCGCGAUUUUCUUCGAAUUGUCGUUCUCUGCUAAUUUUUCUGGUUUAUCUUGUGAAAUAUUGUGUUUCCGCGACGCAUGCAGGUGGACACGAACACUCGGUGGAAUUGCGAAAGGAAAGCGUCUUGCGCCGGUGAUAUUUUGUGUAAUUUCGGCAAAAAAUAAAGUUGCAUUUCCAAGCAUUCAAUUUGGAAGUCGCCGAAGUUGGGGUAGAUGAAAUGUGAAACAUCCUUCGGCUGCUGUCGUUGACAUUUGAAUGUUGUGUUGUUGGUGGUCGGUGCCGUCGCGUAGAGUUUGGUAGAGCCUUUUGUUGCGGAGUCGCGAGCCUUUUACGGUCUAUUUCUCUUGUUUCGUUGCGGACGGCGUGCGCUUUUGUUCCGCCCGCAAGCCUGGGGGCUAGUCGGUGGGUAGACGGUCGGAUUGCCGGCAGUGAGUGCAUGCGGGAGAGAAGCAUCUGGCCAGUGUGGAAACCCCAACAAAGUGACGCUUGAUGGAGUGUCACCCGAAAAGAGAAAACUUUGUUAUUUGAAGUCGAUAGUUAAGCUGCAAUAUGAAUCCAGGAGACUUAAGGAUGUUGUGGAUGAAUCAGUACAGCGGCGAACGAAUGAUCUUCGAUGAUUCGACAUCAUUUUAUGGCCAGUCGUCCGUUGGUCUUUCUGUUAUGGAUGAUAUCACCCAUCCAACAGCGGCUAUUGAUAUAAAUCCUAUGAUGAGUAUUGUUGGGGGGGAGUAUGGUGGUCAGGGAGCGCCAAUCGGUAGUGGACAUGCAACUGCUCCAACUGCAACGCUUAUACCAACAGGAACGGGGGCGGAUAUUUACGGCAUAUCACAAACCAUUGGUGGUUUGCAUCCAGUAUUACAACAUACCACCCCUUUUCAGCCAUACCAAGACAUGAUCGAUGACGAAGUCGAUCAGAAACCAUUUGGACAAUCUUACGAGCAAAUUGACGAUUAUGAAGCAAUAGCGGACACUAAUCCCUUAGUCGAUGGAAGCCGUGAAAUCAUCAACAUCGAUGAUUUCGUGACGAUGAACAAUGAUAGUGAUUCAUAUCAAGAUAAUCAAAUGAUUGACGAUGAUGACGACGAACACAUCAUAGAAGAGAAACCUCAACCUGUUUCGGUGGUGCAAACAAUAGAUAGUUCCGGCGGUGGUGGCACCCGAGGUGGUGGUAAUAGUAAAAAAGCGCGAAAAAUAGAACCGGUCAAUAGACCUGGCUUGGUACUAAAGACUCCAAUUGCAUAUAAGGGAAAUAUUGAUCCAUCUGUUAUACCAAUACAAAGAGAUGGCAUGGCUGUAUGUGAGCGUUGUGGGGCGAUUGGUGUAAAACAUACUUUCUAUACGAAGUCCAGACGAUUUUGUAGCAUGGCAUGUGCACGUGGAGAGCUGUACACAUUAGUUUGUAACGACAACAGUAAAUCGUCAACGUCGACGUCUGCGUCAACAUCUUCUACAGCGUCUCUUUCGACGACAACAGGCAUCGGAUACAAAGGCCAACAUGGGGGAUCAAGUGCAGCAAAUGUGAUGUCAGGUGUUAACAGCCAAUCAAAUAGUCGUUCCACCGACAUCGAACUUGAAUUGCGUGUAUCACAUAUCAAAAAUUCAAAUUAUCGCUUUAAGAUGUCAAAUGAACUGUCAGGAAGUACAGCAGAGAUGAAUGGAGGCGGAGAAAAUGGAAUUAUAAUUAGCGACGAUAGCGGUUUUGCUUCUCAGAAGGCAAUGCUCUAUCGUGAUGUUUUGCCGCUAGACGAGGUUCCACAGAUCCCGAAAUCCGACCGCCUUCCUUCACCCUGUCCGCGAGAUGAUCGGAUUUUAAGUGUGAGGAGACGAGCCAAUGAUCACUUAAAUUCUUUCGACUGGAUAUCAGAACUAUCGAAACCGGAUUUCUAUGCUGCACCUGUCACUUGUUUUUCACAUGCGCCGGGAUACGAUAUGUGGGACAAUAUUGGAAUUGAUAUGAAAGUUGAAGUGGAAAACACGGAUUGUGAUAAUCAAGCAAAUGUUGUAACAGGACAAACUCCGCAUUCUUUUUGGGUUGCAACAGUGAUGAAUAUCUGCGGCUAUAAAGCGUUGAUGCGUUAUGAAGGAUUUGACGAUUCUUCUCACGAUUUCUGGGUGAACCUUUGUUCGUCGGAAGUGCAUGCGGUCGGUUGGUGUGCAACGCGAGGAAAACCAUUGAUACCACCAAAAACCAUAGAGAAUAAGUAUAGUGAUUGGAAAGAUUUUCUAGUGGAACGCUUGUCCGGUGCGCGCACAUUGCCAUCAAACUUCUAUAACAAAAUAAGUGAUAGUUUUAAAUCGAGAUUUCGUAUUGGUCUCAUAUUAGAAUUGGUUGAUAAAAAUCGAAUAUCACAAGUUAAAUUAGCUUCAGUAUGUAAAAUUGUUGGAAAACGAUUGUAUUUAAAAUAUUAUGAUUCGGACGAUGGGUUUUGGUGUCAUGAAGAUUCGCCAAUUAUCCAUCCUGUUGGAUGGGCAACGACUGUUGGACAUAAUUUGGAUGCACCUCAGGAAUAUCUGGAACGAAUGCAAGCUGGUUGUGAUCAAAUGAUCGAAGUUCAUGAAGACGAUGCCACAAUCGAAUUAUUCAAAAUGAAUUUCACGUUUGAAGAAUACUAUUUAGAGGGAAAAACGAACGGAUUCGUUGAAGGCAUGAAACUUGAAGCAGUCGAUCCCCUCAAUUUAUCAUCGAUUUGUGUAGCGACUGUAAUGGCUGUCUUAAAAUUCGGCUACAUGAUGAUAAGAAUCGAUUCGUAUGAUCCAGAUGCGACGGGAUCAGACUGGUUCUGCUACCAUGAGAAAUCGCCAAGUAUAUUUCCAGUUGGAUUUUGUGCAGCGAACGGUAUUACCUUAACGCCACCCAAUGGUUAUGAUAUCAACACGUUCAGAUGGGAUACUUAUCUAGAGGAAACGAAAAGCUUGCCAGCUGAUGAACAUCUGUUCCAUCGCGAUAUUCCAGAUCAUGGCUUUCGGCCAAAUAUGCGACUAGAAUGCGCUGAUUUGAUGGAUCCGCGAUUGGUUUGCGUUGCGACGGUCGCUCGGAUUGUGGGUCGCCUACUUAAGAUACGUUUCGAUGGUUGGCCCGAAGAAUAUGAUCAGUGGUUAGACUGCGAAUCACCUGACAUCUACCCAGUAGGAUGGUGUGUGUUAGUCGGUCACAAACUGGAGGGUCCACCGAUUGUUCAACAACCGGUUGUGAAAACAACGCCAAAAACAACGAGAAAGAAACGGAAGAAAAAGAUAAAAACAGAAAAUACAGCAGCGUCGAGAACAACUGGACGACCACCAAAUGUAAAGAAAGAAAUGCAUGAUCUGCAGCAACCUACCAAUAAUUUUAUAAGUAAUGAUAAUAGAGUUAAUGUGAAGCUUGAAAUGAAAGCUGAACCGCAUGAAGAUGAAGAUGACGAAGAGGACGAUGAUGAUUAUGAAGACGAUGUUAGUCGAUCUGAUCUGUCGACGUCUUUACCUGUUACACCGGAACCUGGAGAAAAAUUGAAAUUAGUUGUUACGUCUAGUAGUGCAGUGGUGGUUAGUAGUAAUAAUACAAGUACAAUUACGAGUAGCAAUAACAGUAGUAAUCAACAUGUGCAUAAUGUACGGAAAACAACAUCACCUGCCCCACCAGCUGAGCGCAAGGCAACAAGCUAUAUAGCCAAUUCUUCUGUGACUUGUAGCAAGUACAUUCCACGAUUAACCGACGCCACCAAUUCGAACGACUUAGCAUCAGCAACAUCGCCGGCGAUGCCUACACAAAAUGCUGCUGAGCUUAGUCCCGACACAUGGAAUAUUUACGAUGUAUCUCAAUUUCUACGAGUCAACGAUUGCACAGCAUAUUGUGAUACAUUCAGUAGAAAUAAAAUCGAUGGCAAAAAGCUUUUAGAUUUAUCGAAAGAUGAAAUCAUAACGCUUUUGGGAAUGAAAGUCGGUCCAGCAUUGAAAAUUUUCGACUUGAUACAGCAACUAAAGUGUAAAGCCAAUCCGGGUAAAUUAAGAUUAUUGAAGUCGAACAUGAAUAAGAAGUUUUCAUAGUGCCUUUGAUCUGUUCUGCAAUUUUCAAAUAGUUUCAUUUUUUAAGAAAUCAUGCCAAGAGAUAAAGAAGUGGAAAGAUCGAAACCACAACAGCCGAUUUUAAUUCACAUAUUAUCGAAAUUGAAGCUAAGACUCAAGGAAGAGCUAGGCAAUAAGAAAAUCACACAUCAAAUGAUCUGAUCUCAGCUGUUGUGAUUCGAACCAAGAAUGUUCUUAUACAAAGGAAAUCUCUCUUAACUUUCGUUUUGAUUUUCCGUUCAUUUUAAUGUUUUUCUAGACGAUUUUAUGUAAAAACGUGUUUUAAAUGUAAGAUUUUAUUAUUGGUCUGUAAAGUAAGAUGGAAUUAUGAGAGGGUUAUCACGAAGCGCAAAAGAAAAACAGUAAAGUCAUAAACAAAACUUAGGACAAAUCAUGCGAAAUGUUUUCAUUAAUGCAUUACGCCCGCAUAAAUAUGAUAUUUUGUCUUUUUAAUUUAUUAAUGUAAUGUUUCUAAACGUCGUCGAUGAUCAUUUAUAUUAGUUGUACUAGGAAUUCGAGUUAACGCUACGUUUUAGUUUAGCUUUUAAUGUAGAGAUAUUUCAAUCUACAAAUUGUUCAACGCUGAUAGGAGAUGGAGAGAGAGAGAAACGCUAAGUAUCAUAACAAAUAUUCUCAAGUGGUAUCUGAUAUAAAAAAGAAAUAAAGGAAUCUUUUGUACGUUAACCAAGACUGUUUUGAAUGUAUAGCAACGAUAAGUCUAUGGCUCAGGUCGAGUUUGUGGGAUUAAAGCGGGGUAGUGUCAGUCGCAUUGUGAAAUAAUUCUUCUGAAUAUAUUAGGCUAUAAAUCUAUUGGUCUGCAACACCAGCAGGAAUCAAGUAAGUCGAUAUGCUCCUUUCUGGUAUAGUCACAGAAAAUAAAAGCGUAACUACUUUACGAAUAGUGGAAUCGAAUUCAUAUUGAAAUGCCUUCUUUAACUCAGCAUAUUUGGGUAUCAACGACAAAAAAUAAUGAUCACACAUUACAAAUCAUGCCAAUACAUUUUAUGUAUUACUGAGAUACAUUGCCAACUUCCCAAUCCGCGCUUUAUCUACGAUUAAACCUGUCACAAAAUAUCGUUUUGCUCCUUGCAGUUUUGAAGUAUGAAUGGAGUUUGCCUGUCUAAGCACGUAAAUGGUAUGAUUAUUAUCAAGAAUGAGUAGGGAAGUUUUAUGAUAAUUUGAAGGAUCAAUUUUUUUCCAGUUUACGAAUCACUUUGGCUUAAUACGUUUGUGCUAGACCGCUUGGAAAACCUUAUUUUGUCCAAUUUGAAAACCGAACCACUGCAAUUGAAUAUUUUCCAAUUAAGACAACAAACCCUACUAAAUACAUUUCCCAGCUUACGUGAAGCAUUUUGUUUAGAAUGCCGUUUUUAAGCAAGAAAUCAGUUGAACAUCCUAAAACCUCAAGGCUCAAUUCAAAUAAAAUAAUAAUAAUGCUAUUUCUUCAUGGGUAGUAGAGCUCUUGAUAAAUUUGGAGUUUUUGGUAUUCAAUGGAAAUCAAUAAAUAUUCUCUGAUUAGAGACACAAAAUCCAAAGUACUUCCCACUAUUUUCAAAUUUCCGCACACUACCACUAACUUCAGAUAGCGUUCAGAGCAGGAAGUCAUUUUUCAUAUUUAUAGAGAUAAUGCUUAACGCUAGUCUUUUCCGAGAAGUCAACAUUCUAAAUCCAGCUCCAAAAUGACCCUCAGUUGGUAGAUAACUUUCAUUUUCCCCAUAAUUGAUAUAAUAAAUUUUCCCAACUCAAAAAAAAAACAGAACCCGUCGUCGAUCGUGAAAAAUGUUCCCCAAUGGUUUUUCUUUUUAUUCAAAAGCAAUGCGAAUCCUUACUACCGAAACCGUGUGACUAUGAUUUAGCAGAGUUCUAACAAAAAUCGAUGCAGUUUUGACGUGGCACAUCUUAAACAUAAGAUUGCAAUCUAGAAGCAAUAGAAUAUUUUCAUAAAGUCCAAGUCUAAAGUGAAACAGGCCUUCAAGUCUUUACUUGUAAAUAUAAAAAUUUCUGUAUGAUGUAAUAAGAACACACCAAAUUUUGUAUCUAAAGAAUCUGAAAAAUACAAGAAAUAUAAAACAAUCAGGGAAUAAAGUCGAAAGGUAACAAAUAUUUACUGAAUAUUUAAGAUCUGUCGAAAUAAAAGAAAAUAUGUACCUAGCGAGUAUUUAAACCCAUUUAUUAUAUUCUAUUUAAAAAGAUACUGUUAUAAAUCAUAACGUAAUAUAAAAAUAAACAAUUAAAACAUAUGUACAUACAUAGAGAAGGAACAGUACUACCCGUACGAAACAAAUUUACUAACAGCUUCUAUCAAGCUUACAAGUACGAGGUAGCGUGUUUACAGCAGGUGAAUAUUACAAAUUGCCUAGACUUAUAAUGCCAUAUUUUUAUACAAAAAUAUAUAACAAACAAAAAAGG